AUGGACUUGAGUAUUGUCAACAAUGAUUUUUAUCUAUCUGGUAUGGCAGCAUUAAUUGGCGACAUUGAUAAGCAGUUAAUGGUAAUGCUACGUGAUGGUCGAACACUUAUUGCUUUUUUAAGAAGUCUUGAUCAAUUCGGUAAUCUGGUUCUUCAUCAAGCAUUUGAACGUAUUUGUGUUGGUCAACAAUAUGCCGAUAUUCCUCGUGGUUUAUUUGUAAUACGUGGUGAAAAUGUUUUACUUAUUGGUGAAUUAGAUUUUUAUAAACCAUUACGUGUACCACUUUAUGAAGUAUCAAUUGAAGAAAUUCUUAAAUUACAAAAACAAGAUAUUGAAAAAAAAGAACAUAUUGAAAAACUUCGACAAAAAGCAAUGAUUGAACAUGGUCUUGUUGAUGAAGGAAAUCCAAUUGAAGAACAUUAUUAA